AUGUCGAGCGGCUCGUGCACGGCGCAGACCGCCGCCGCCUGGCUUUCAGCACACCUCGAGGACCACGUUGAGGCCGCAGCCGACCUCAAUCAGUACUGGUACAGCGCCUCGACCAUCGCAACGCUUUGUGACCUCGUCCGUGAGCAGUGCUUCCGGUCCGACCAUUCGUGUGCGUUGGAUUGUGCCUUCCUCUCCACACCGUCACUAUUCUUUGCGCUGACGCCGGCAGAGCGCGCCCGCUCGCGCGUGCUUGACUUUGACGAGGCCCUCGGUGUCGGCGAGCCGGGCUUCGUGCGGUACGACUUUCACGAGCCGACAGCACUUCCUCCGGCGCUUGCAGGAGCGUUCCGCUGCGUCGUCAUCGAUCCUCCCUUCAUCACGGUGGACGUUUGGAGGCGGUACAUUGAGACGGCUCGCCACUUGCUGCAGCCAUCGGGUGGGGUCGUCAUCCUCACGACCGUCAUCGAGAAUGCGGGGCUGCUCGCCGAGACGCUCGGCGCGACGCCCCACACCUACCUUCCGUCGAUCCCGAACCUGCCGUACCAGUAUGCGUUGUUCACCAACUUCAGCUCGGCGACGCUCGACAGGCCGAACCCAGAGGCCCCGGUCACGGGCGCCGGCCACUCGUAUGACUUUGAAGCUAUGCUGGACGCGGAGCUCAGGCGUCAGGCGCAGUCUUAG